GCAUGAAAAGAAAGCGCACGUUUCGUAAAACCCUUCGCCCGCGUCCCCGUCGCUUGCUGUCUCCCUUCCAUCUCCGAAAAUGGCGGCCGCCGCGACCUCCCACCUCCUCUCCAGCCCCGCCUGCCGCCGCCACCGCCGCACACUAACGAACCACCGGCUCUCCCAAAACCCAGUUGCCAGAAUCCCCGUCGCGCCCCUCAAAGGCGCCGCCGCCGGACCCCUGAAGCGCCUCCAGCUGCGAGCCGCCGUCUCCCAGAACACGGCCGUGGACCAACAGGCGACGGCGUUCAAGCACUGCUUCUCCAAGUCCCGGGAUGGGUUCCUCUACUGCGAGGACGUCAAGGUCGAGGACGUCAUGGAGAGCGUGGAGAGGAGGCCCUUCUACCUGUACAGCAAGAGGCAGAUCACGAGGAAUGUGGAGGCUUAUAGGGAGGCGUUGGAGGGGUUGGAGGGCGCGGUCAUCGGGUACGCCAUCAAGGCGAACAAUAAUUUGAAGAUUUUGGAGCAUUUGAGAGGGUUGGGUUGCGGGGCGGUUUUGGUCAGCGGGAAUGAGCUGAGAUUGGCACUUCGUGCUGGGUUCGAUCCCACCAGAUGCAUUUUUAAUGGAAACGGGAAACUCUUGGAAGAUUUGGUUCUAGCAGCACAAGCAGGUGUCUUUGUCAAUGUUGACAGCGAAUUUGACUUGGAGAACAUAGUUGCUGCUGCAAGGAUAGCAGGCAAGAAGGUUAAUGUCCUACUUCGUAUUAAUCCAGACGUGGAUCCUCAGGUCCAUCCAUAUGUUGCCACGGGAAACAAGAACUCUAAGUUUGGAAUUAGGAAUGAGAAGCUGCAGUGGUUUCUUGAUGCUGUAAAAUCACAUCCAAAAGAGCUGAAGCUUGUGGGUGCCCACUGCCAUCUUGGUUCCACAAUUACCAAGGUUGACAUAUUCAGAGAUGCUGCAGCUCUCAUGGUAAAUUAUAUCGACCUGAUUCGUGAGCAAGGAUUUGAGGUUAAUUAUUUGAAUAUUGGAGGUGGUCUUGGAAUAGAUUAUUACCACACUGGUGCUGUCCUUCCUAUGCCCAGAGAUCUCAUUGACACAGUCCGUGAACUGGUCCUUUCACGGAAUCUUAAGCUCAUUAUUGAACCAGGACGAUCGCUAAUUGCAAAUACUUGCUGUUUGGUGAAUCGCGUAACUGGAGUUAAAACGAAUGGAACUAAGAAUUUCAUUGUUAUUGAUGGUAGCAUGGCGGAACUUAUCCGUCCGAGUCUUUAUGAUGCAUAUCAGCACAUAGAGUUGAUCUCUCCUACCCCACCUGAUGCUGAUACUUCAACCUUCGAUGUGGUGGGUCCUGUGUGCGAGUCUGCAGAUUUCUUGGGGAAGGACAGAGAACUUCCAACACCCGCUAAGGGAGCGGGCCUCGUUGUUCAUGAUGCAGGUGCAUACUGCAUGAGUAUGGCCUCGACUUACAAUCUCAAGAUGCGGCCCCCUGAGUACUGGGUUGAAGAGGACGGGUCGAUCCGCAAAAUCCGUCAUGCAGAGACUUUUGAAGACCAUUUGCGGUUCUUUGAGAGCCUGUGAACACGAACGCUAUAAAACCGCACUUCAUGGAGGAUAGGCAAUUUCUUUUUGUAGAUUGUCUUUUUUUCCUAGUCUAAAUUCUGCUGCUGCUUCUUUGUAGGUUGUGUAUUUCCUUCUCAUUUUCUUGGAGGUUUUAGGGAUCGAUUCUUGAUACUUAAAGGAAGACCAUUUGUUCCAUCUUUCAAUUUAAAUGUUUUCGGGAGGGCACUGAUGAAACUAA